AUGCCUCCCAAAUCCCGUGCGCGUCCUCCGAAACCGCCCGAACGCGCGCGACACCUCUUUACGCGCCCGUUCGCUCUCUUUCUCGUCCUCAGGAUCGUCAAUGCGUUCGUCGUUCGGACGUUUUUCGUCGCUGAUGAGUUUUGGCAGAGCGCGGAAGUCGCCCACGCGCUCGUCUACGGGUACGGACACGCCACGUGGGAGUGGCGCGCGCGCCUGAGGAGUCACGCGCAUCCUUUGUUAUACGCUGCGGUGUAUAAACUCGGGGAUGUGGUGGGAUUGAGGUCGGAUGCGUUCGUGCGGAACGCGCCGCGGGUCGUCGGCGGAUUCAUAGCGGCGGCGCACGACGCGGGAUGCGGACGCCUGGGACGACGAUUCGGCGGAGAGAAGUGUGAGUUUUGGAGCUUGGCGUUGCGAGCGAUGAAUUGGUUCGUGUUUUAUUGCGAAACAAGGGGUUUGUCGAACUGCGCGGAGGCGUGCGCGACGACGUGGGCGCUCGCGUACUGGCCGCUCGACGGAUUGGGCCGAGCGAAGGGCGGGGCUAGACGAAGACGAAAGGCGUUGUCGUUCGCCGCGAUCGCGUGUGUGAUGCGACCGACGAGUGGAAUUUUAUGGCUCGCGUUGGGGGCGUCUGCGUUGGCGCGAAGGGGGGAUCCAGUCGGGGAAAAAGCGCGGUUCGCGUUGCUAGAGGCGGCGCCCAUCGGCGCGUUCGCGCUCGCAGCUUCUGCGUGCGUCGAUAGGUAUUUUUACGGCGAAUGGACGUUCGUGCCUUGGAAUUUCGUAAAGUUCAACUUUUUGAGCGGGAAGAGCGCGAUUUACGGCGCCAAUCCCUGGCACUGGUACCUCACUCAGGGAUACCCGGCGGUGUUGGGGACGAUGCUCCCACUCGCGCUCAUCGGAUUUUGGAGGAACCGAGUGAAGAACAACGCGGCGUUCGCGGUGACGUUCUGGACAAUAUUCGGGUACUCGCUCGCCGCGCACAAGGAAUUUCGAUUCAUUUUGCCGUGCGUGAGCGCCUCCAUCGUGAGCGCGGCGUCGGUGUUGACGGAGAUGACGCCGAGCCGAAGACGGCUCGUCUUGCUCGCACUCGCGCUCACGAAUGUUCCCGCGGCGCUGUACAUGUCCCUGCGUCACCAGGCUGGGACGAUUGCCCUUAUGCCACAUAUCGCAAACUUGGCGAAACAAGGUGCCAUCGUUGACGGCGGCGUGCUCUUCGCAGUGCCGUGCCAUCAGACGCCGUUUUACGCGCACGUGCACCGAGAGAUUCGCAUGGAGUUCCUCGAUUGCUCGCCCGACAUACCCGAGGGCGAGGACGACUCCGCGAGAUUCGCGAGCGAUCCCGAGACGUGGCUCAACGCACGUUUCGGUCGCACCGUUGACGAUUCGCACCGUACGUGCGCCGUGGCCUCCGCCCUCGCACCGAGCCACGUAGCGCUCUUUGACGGAGACGCUCGCCGCGCCGCGCCUUGGCUCGAGCGGUGGAAUUACGCCCUCGAGCGCACGUUUCAUCACGCCGACGUCGCCGUCGAUCGUGAGAUUCAACGCGCGCUGCACCUGUACGCUAGACCACCCCACGACGCGAGCGCGUGUCGCGCUCAGACGUAG